AUGGUGAAGGUCAGUAGGAAUGGGUUUGGCUAUAUUGGGCACCUAGUUACCAGGGCUGCCUUCUGCUCUGCACUUGGCAAAGUGGAGAUUGUUGCCAUCCAUGGCCCUUUCAUUGACUUCAACUACAUGGUCUACAUGUUCCAGUAUGACUCCACUCAUGACAAAUUCAAUGGCACAGUUAAGGCUGAGAAUGGGAAGCUUGCAUCUGAGGGCUCACUAAAGGGCAUCGUGGGCUACACUGAGGACCAGGUUCUCUCCUGCAACUUUAAAAGCAGCACCCACUCUUCCACCUUUGGUGCUGGGGCUGGCAUUGCUCUCAAUGACAACUUUGUAAAGUUCAUUUCCUGGUAUGACAAUGAAUAUGGCUACAGCAACAGGGUGGUGGACCUCAUGACAAACCUGACCUCCAAGGAAUAA